AACGGCGCCGUUCCGUCAUCCAACCUCUGCACUGCAGCUUCUGACCGAAGCAGCAUUUAUCUUUCUUCCUCUAAAUUCACCUAAAGUGAAGUGACAGGCGCGUCGAAGAUGACGACACCGUCAGCACCGUCGUUGGCAUCAUCGUCGAGGUGGGCGUCGACGACCUCAGUGUCGUCCUCAGGGAAGAGGAUUCAUAGAGAAAUGGUGGAGCUUAACAUCGACCCACCUCCCGACUGCUGCGCUGGGCCCAAGGGCGACAAUCUCUACCACUGGAUCGCCACCGUUUUUGGCCCCCCAGGAACACCUUACCACGGUGGCAUAUAUUUCCUUGACAUUACGUUUCCGAGUGACUAUCCGUUUAAACCUCCAAAGGUUGUAUUCACAACUCGAAUUUAUCAUUGCAAUGUUGAUUCUAACGGCAAUCUAAGCCUGGAAAUGUUAAAGGAUAGUUGGAGUCCAGCUCUAACAAUAACCAAGUUGCUACUAGCCAUCCGAUCCAUCUUCACAAGACCUGAUCCUUAUAAUCCCCUUGUCCCCAGCAUUGCCCGUUUGUACUUGGAAGAUAAAGCUAAAUAUGAUGAGCUUGCUUCUGAGUGGACGCUGCGAUUUGCUAAGUGAUUUUACCUGGGAUCUUCUUAUAUCGUUGCAAAUAGUCAGGAAGGACGUUAUGUUAUGAACUGAAUACUGUGAGCUAGCGUGUUAUGUACCCAACGGGUUUGAUACCAAGCAUGAAUGUACCAGCUGAAUUUUUUGUGGACCGAUCGUUGAAUAACCGAAAACCAUGCUCAAAGGAAAAUGCUUGUAAUAUAUCCUUCAUAUGAGAUCAAUAUCAUAUGUAAUAUAUCCCUAUUGCUUGA